AUGGAAUUUAGUUCCAUUGAGCAAGCAUAUGUUUUUUAUCAGACAUAUGCCAAGAAGGCAGGGUUCUUUGCUCGAAAAGGAGGUGAACAUCAUAGUGGUGGUAUUAUCAAGACUAAAUACUUUGUGUGUUCCAAGGAGGGGCAUAAACCACAGGCUUUUGAUGAUCCUUUUUCGAAGUUGGCUAAGUCGUAUAAAAGUAGGAAUAGACCGACUAUUCGAACCGGGUGUAAAGCACAAAUUAAGCUUUGUUCGAUGGACUGGGUGUUGUAUAAGGUUGAUAAGUUUGUUCAAGUGCAUAAUCAUUCAUUUGUGUGCCCCAAAGAUAUUCAUUUAUUACCGGCUUAUAGGCAUCUUUCCGAAACACAAGAAGAGAUGAUAUGGGAGCUUGGUACUUUAUAUCUUGGGCCAGUGAAAGCCUUUAAUAUAAUGAGACAAAGAUACAGAGGUUUUGAAAAUGUUGGCGCAACUAUUGACGACUGCAAGAAUUUUAGAGCUAGGAUACAUAGCUAUAUAGAAGAGUAUGAUACAAAUAUGGUUAUCAAUAGGUUAACCGAUAAAAAGCAGUUUAUGGUUGAUUAUUCAUUUGUACAUUCAGUCGAUGAAAACAAGUGUUUAACUGGCCUGUUCUGGGCCGAUGGUUUGUGCAAACGUAACUAUGCUGAGUUUGGAGAUGUCAUAUCCUUUGAUGCUACGUUCAAAACCAACAAGUAUAAAAUGGUUUUUGUACCAUUUAUUGGUAUUGAUAACCAUUGUCGGAAUGUGACGCUUAGAGCCGGGUUACUAGCAUCCGAAAGCAUUGAAUCAUACAAAUGGCUCUUACAAUCAUUUUUGGACUCAUUUGGUAAGCAGCCGAAGGUGGUCGUCACUGAUCAGGACCCGGCGAUGAAACAAGCUAUUGAGGCUGUGUUCGAUAAGAGUAGGCACAAAUUAUAUAUGUGGCACAUAAUGAAGAAAGUUGCCGAUAAGGUGGGACAUGAGUUGUGUAACAAUCCAGAUUUCAAGAGGCGUAUGUGUGACAUUGUGUGGACUGAUUCGAUUGCGCCAGAAACGUUUGAGAGAGAAUGGAAACUGAUAAUGAUUGAAUUCGGUCUAACCGAGAAUAAAUGGAUUGACGAUAUGUUUGGCAUGAGAUCUUCGUGGAUACCAGCGUACUAUCGUCAUGAGCCUAUGUCUGGGCUCAUGCGGACCACCUCCAGAUCAGAGAGCGAAAACCAUUUUUUCUGUCAGGUGGCGAAUUCUCAACUUACCCUUGUUGAGUUUUUUAACCAUUUUGAUGGUGCAAUGGACGUGCAAAGAUUCAACCAUCGGAAAAAUGACCAUAUUUCUAGAAAUACAACCCCAGAUUACUGA